CCACCCGAAACCCUACCGUAGGCACACGACCUCCGUGUGCUGCGCGGCGCCGCCAUGACGGGCCCUCUCCACUCCAGCUCCGGCCACAACGCCGCCGCCGGCGGGGGCGGCGGCAAGACCAUCGAGGAGAUGUACCAGAAGAAGACGCAGCUGGAGCACAUCCUGCUGCGCCCGGACACCUACAUCGGCUCGGUGGAGAAGCACACCCAGACGCUCUGGGUCUACGAGGGCGGAGCCAUGGUGAACCGCGCGGUCACCUACGUCCCGGGCCUCUACAAGAUCUUCGACGAGAUCCUCGUCAACGCCGCCGAUAACAAGCAGCGGGACCCCCGGAUGGACUCGCUCCGCGUCGAGAUCGACGUCGAGGGAUGCUGCGUCUCCGUCUACAACAACGGCGACGGGAUCCCCGUCGAGGUCCACCAGGAGGAGGGCGUCUACGUGCCGGAGAUGAUUUUCGGCCACCUCCUCACCAGCAGCAACUACAACGACAACGAGAAGAAGACCACCGGCGGGCGGAACGGAUACGGAGCCAAGCUCACCAACAUCUUCUCCACGGAGUUCGUCAUCGAGACAGCCGACGGGCAUCGGCAGAAGAAGUACAAACAGGUUUUCUCUGAAAACAUGGGGAAGAAGUCACAGCCCCAGAUUACCAAGUGCAAGCAGGGGGAGAACUGGACCAGGGUCACCUUCAAGCCUGAUCUUGCCAAGUUCAACAUGACCCAUCUUGAAGAUGAUGUUGUAGCCCUCAUGAGGAAGAGAGUAAUUGAUAUGGCGGGCACUCUUGGCAAAACGGUGAAGGUUGAAUUGGAUGGCCAGAAGUUGUCGGUGAAGAGCUUCUCUGACUAUGUGGACCUGUAUAUGCAAUCUGCUAACAGUGACAGACCUGCCCCUCUCCAAAGGGUUUAUGAGAAAGUAAAUGACCGGUGGGAGGUGUGUGUUACUCUAAGUGAAGGGCAGUUUCAGCAGGUCAGCUUCGUCAACAGAAUUGCAACCAUAAGGGGUGGAACUCAUGUUGAUUAUAUCACCAACCAAAUUGCCAACUAUGUGAUGACCAUUGUGAAUAAGAAAAACAAGAAUGCAAACAUGAAAGCGCAUAAUGUGAAGAGCCAUUUGUGGGUCUUCGUUAAUGCACUCAUUGACAACCCUGCAUUCGACUCCCAGACCAAGGAGACCUUGACAACUCGUCAGGGAAGCUUUGGGUCAAAGUGCGAGCUUUCUAAUAAUUUCCUCAAGAAUGUUGAGAAAAUCGGUGUUGUCAGCAAUGUCCUUUCCUGGGCUGAUUUCAAACUAAGCAAAGAACUUAAGAAGACUGAUGGAAGUAAGAAGUCAAGAAUUUCUGGCAUCCCAAAGCUUGAAGAUGCAAAUGAAGCUGGUGGGAAAGACUCUGACAAGUGCACCUUGAUCCUGACUGAAGGAGAUUCGGCAAAAGCUCUUGCUAUGUCGGGCAUAGCUGAAGUUGGGAGAGAUCACUAUGGUGUGUUUCCUCUCAGGGGAAAGCUUCUAAAUGUGAGAGAAGCAAACCACAAGCAAAUAAUGGAUAAUGCCGAAAUUCAGAACAUAAAGCAAAUACUUGGUUUGCAGCAUGGGAAGCAGUAUGACAGCACCAAAGGCUUGAGAUACGGUCAUCUCAUGAUAAUGACAGAUCAGGACCACGAUGGUUCCCACAUCAAAGGGUUGUUGAUCAACUUCAUUCACUCAUUCUGGCCAUCUCUUCUUAAAGUUCCAUCUUUCUUGGUAGAGUUCACCACUCCAAUUAUCAAGGCAACGAAGAACAAAACUACCAAAUCAUUUUACACAAUACCAGAGUAUGAAGACUGGAAAAGGAACUUAGGAGCAAGUGCAAGUUCUUGGACCAUAAAAUACUACAAGGGGUUGGGAACAAGCACAUCCAAAGAAGGUAAAGAAUACUUUUCAGAUAUCAGCAACCACAAGAAGGAUUUUGUCUGGGUAGAUGAUCACGAUGGCAAUGAAAUUGAGUUGGCAUUCAGCAAGAAAAGGAUUGCUGAUAGGAAACAGUGGCUUACAAACUUUCAGCCUGGAACUUACCUUGACCACCGUGAGAAAAGAAUCAAGUACCGUGAUUUCAUCAACAAAGAGCUGAUUCUCUUCUCGAUGGCGGACCUGCAGCGAUCAAUACCUUCAAUGGUAGAUGGCUUUAAACCAGGUCAGAGGAAGAUCCUGUUUUGCGCAUUCAAGAGGAACCUUGUUAAGGAAACUAAGGUUGCUCAGUUCUCUGGUUAUGUGUCAGAACACUCAGCAUACCACCAUGGUGAGCAGAGUUUAGCAAGUACGAUUGUUGGAAUGGCUCAGAGUUUUGUUGGCAGCAAUAACAUAAACCUUUUUUACCCUGGAGGCCAGUUCGGUACCAGAGCUCAGGGAGGCAAAGAUGCUGCGAGUGCUAGGUACAUCUUCACCAAACUGUCACAUGUCACACGUUCGAUUUUCCCAAAGGAUGAUGACAUUCUUCUUAACUAUCUGAACGAGGAUGGGCAGUCGAUUGAACCCAGCUGGUAUGUGCCAAUCCUUCCAAUGGUUUUGGUCAAUGGAAGUGAAGGAAUUGGUACUGGAUGGAGCACAUAUAUUCCAAACUACAAUCCAAGAGACAUUGUUGCUAACCUCAGGCGGUUGCUGAAUGAUAAGUCUACUGUACCAAUGCAUCCGUGGUACAGAGGGUUCAAGGGUUCUAUUGUGAAGUCACAUAAUGCAAAGGUAGCUGGUGCCACGUAUACCAUCACCGGCAUCAUAGAAGCUGUUGACAGCACUACAUUGAGGAUUACUGAACUGCCAAUUCGCCGUUGGACUCAGGAUUACAAAGAAUUUAUAGAAUCUGUGACUCUAGAUCCAAAGAACAAAGACAAGGAAACAUUUAUUGAGGACUGCACAAUGCAAGGUGAUAGUGAUGAUGUUUACUUUGUGCUCAAACUAACUGAGGAGAAUAUGAAUAAGGUUAUGGAAGAAGGACUGGUGAAGAAAUUUAAGCUGACAACAACAAUUGGAACAUCAAACAUGCACUUGUUUGACUCAGAUGGUAAAAUUCGGAAGUAUGACACUCCGGAGCAAAUACUUGAAGAGUUCUAUAAAUUAAGGCUUGAAUUCUAUGAUAAGAGAAAGAAAACAUUAUUGCAAAAUAUCAAGCUGGACUUGAAGAAGCUUGAAAACAAAGUAAGGUUUAUCCGCUGUGUUGUUGACAAUGAAAUUGUAGUAAAUAACAGGAAGAGGGCAGAUCUAUUUCUGGAGCUUCGGGAGAAGAAUUUUGAUCCUUUCCCAAUGAAAAAGAAGAAAGCUGAACCAGCUGCCGUAGGAGCUAUAGAAGAGGAGGAAAAUGAAGAAAGUCCUGAAGCUGCAAAUGGAGUUGAUCCUAGUGAUUAUGAGUAUCUCAUCUCAAUGGCAAUCGGUACCUUAACUUUGGAGAAGAUACAGGAUCUCAAUGCUGAGAGGGAGAAAUUAGUGAAUGAAGUUGAGGAACUGGAGAACACCACACCAAAAUCGCUUUGGUUGAGAGACCUUGACACCUUUGAGAAAGACCUGGAUGUGCUUGAUCAAAUGGAUCUAGCAGAGGAGGAGGAAAGGAGAAUGAAGAGGGAAAAGAACGCCAAUAAGGAAGGUGGUAAAGCUGGCCCCAAGAAACAACGCAAGAAAGCUGCAGUUAAACUGCCAAAAGUGGAAAGUGACACGGAAGGAGAUGGUGCUGAACCUGUGGUUGCAAAGCGUGGAGCUCAACAGAAAAAACCAGCCAAAAAGGUGAAUGGUGCUGGGUCUGAUGAUGAAGAUUAUGUAGCUGAAAAUGCAAAACCGGAACAACAAAAGAAGAAACAAACUAAGAAGGCAAGUGCUCCUGUGGAUGAAGACGAAGAUGACAUGCCCACACUAAAAGCCCGCAUUGCAGCUUUUACUCUCAAUGACUCCUCUCCGGAUAGUUCUGCCAUGGAAACUGAAACAACAGAAGAGCAGAAUGAAGACAAAGGAGUGAAGGGACCAAGCAGAAGAGGUGGAGGAAAGAAGGUAUCAUCAUCCUUGGCAGUGAUAUCUGAUGAUGAGGAUGACGAUGUAGACUUUGCCAUGGAAGUCCCAGAAGUCCAAGCUCAGAAGAAAGGCAGAGGAAGGAAGACCGCUGCUGCUACACAGCCGAAGGCUGCUGCCACCAGGAAGAGGGCGCCAGCGAAGGGCAAGGCCAUGAUGCUCAAGACCACAGAGGACAGCAACACCAGCGCUCCAUCUCCUGAGAAGAAAGUCCGGAAGAUGAGGGCGUCUCCAUUCAACAAGAAGAGUGGCUCAAUCUUGCAGAGAGGCUCUACCGCAUCAAGCUGUGAAAUUACUGCCGAGGCUUCACCACCCUCUGGCAGCUCUGCAGAGCCAGUGGCUGCCCCGCAACCCAGGAGGACAGCCAGGGCCACCACCAGUAAGCCUGUCUACAUCUCUGAGAGCGACCCUGAGGAUGAAGUGGUGGAGGUAACUGAUGAUUCUGACUUCGACGUGGAUGGCGACUCUGAUGACGAGUGAUCUCGGGGCCUUGUUAAGUCGAACUAAGCUAGUUGUGGUUCAUGUGUUGUGUGUGCUAUGGUCUAGUUUGUGAGUUGUGGCAUGCUACUCUGUUGCGGUGUGGCCGUAGAUACUUGAUGUGAUGCAUAUCUUGUGCGUUGUAUGUGGUGUUCUGUGUUCUGUUGCCAAGACACUGCUCGGUUAACUGAUCAGGUCUUUUCUCUGCAAUUCUGGCAUCCAUCUA